AUGGGCCGAAAGAAGUCAAAACUUCUCCGUCGAGACCCUAGUGCCAAGGUUAGAAGGUUUGGAAAACUAGAGAAGGAGUUCAAUUGUCCAUUCUGCAAUCAUGAUAAAACAGUACAAAUUAAAUUAUCGCAUCAGAAAGGGAUUGCCUCGCUGAAUUGCUUAGUUUGCACUGUAACUUUCUCUAUGGAAAUAACCCAUUUGGAUGAAGCAGUGGAUGUUUACUCAGAGUGGAUCGAUCGUUGCAGGGAAGCAAACGUCAAUGAUGCUGGCAGUAAAGGCCAGUCUAAUAGUGGCAUUGAUUUGGAAUCCUCAACUGAUAAGGGGGAGUAUGUUGACAGGCAAAAGGCCGUAAGGAAGAUGAAGCUCAACGAAGAAAGUGAACAAAUAGGUGAAACAUUUAAAAAUGACUCCUUUGGUACAAAUGUCAACGUCAAUGAGGAGGAUUAUGAAGAGAAGGAAGAGGAGAUGCCGUCUCGGAAGAGAUUGACUAAAAAUGCAGUGAGCAGCGGUCUCUUCGAUGAUGACUAA